AUGCCAAAUCGAGCGUCGACUGUGCCCAAUCUCGACCUGAGCUCAUUCAGGAUGGAGUCGAAGAAGGAUAAGAUCUCAUCGCCUCUGACACCGAAUGACCAGAGUUCGGACGGUCCGAGUCCCCAGACGCCUCGCUCGCCCAAGUCAGCCUCCAGCUCUCCGCUCUUCAAAGGCGCAACCAUUCGUCCUGUCACGCAAGACUCAAACAAGGCUACCAGCCCAACCUUCUCACUCUCUCCGCACACAGCCCCCGCCGGGCCUCCAACGCCCGGUAUCACGGCCAUUCCUCAACAUUUUCCUUCUCCCAAAGACUCAAAACACACGCGGGAUAAAUCAUUCUUCGGUACCCUCAAAGCACCUAGAACGUUACAUAAAUCACAGCGCUCCGACAGCUCGGAGAAUUCGACUGAGCCUCCCAAAAGCAGAGGCAGCUCCAGAGAGCGCAGGAUACCAAUGACUACUAAGACAUAUGAGUCAACACCCGAUCUUUUGGGGGCGCUUGCUCAAUCAAAUGAGACUGAAAGGACGAAUGGACACUCAGUCAACAAGAGCUCGCAUCAACAUCAACCAGGUACGAAGAAAGUCGGUACAGAUCUAGACUCUGCCGCGCCUAAGAAAACUAUGCGAUUCGCGAACCUUCUCACUCGAUCUCGCUCCAUCCGAGUCGACGAAUCAUCCGGGAAUAGAGCACCGGGCCGACGACCAUCCACCGGUCUAGCCAAGCUGGACGAGUUCAAUCAAGGCGCCACAACAAAUCCACCUCGCUCAACGAACUUGCGACCCGAGCGCAACGUGAGUCGAGGAGCAGGCUUGCAGCCACCUGAGCGCCAAGCAGACGCCAUUUCUUUGCGUAGAGAGCGCAGCCACGGCAACAUGGUUGCAUCUGGCUCACUGAGUCAAGUUUCCGGCGCCUCUGCCGCUAUCUUCAGCAACCUCAAGUCAUCUUCAAGCGGAGCUGCAGACCGAAUUGGCAAGGCUGGAAAGGGCUUCUUUGGCAAAAUUACUCGCAGCGGCAGCACCAAUGAGCGAGAAUUAAUCACCGAUGACUCUUACACAUGCUCGGUGAUUAACCUUCCCCUUAUCGAACAAGCGCGCAAGACUCGCAUUGCGAAGAAGUUGGAAAAUUGCCGUGACAAAACCGAAUUUUGGAUGCCUGCCUUGCCAUACCGCUCUAUUGAUUAUUUGAACUUCAAGGGCUGCGAGGAAGAAGGUCUCUAUCGAGUACCCGGUAGUGGUAGAGAAGUUAAGCAUUGGCAACGACGCUUCGACACAGAACUCGACAUCGAUCUUUUCGAAGUCCCGGAUCUAUAUGACAUCAACACAAUUGGGUCUCUCUUCAAAGCAUGGCUACGAGAACUACCAGACGAGCUCUUCCCCAAGGCAACGCAAGCGAUGAUUGCCCAGAAGUGCGCAGGCGCCACGACAGCGCCACAGCUUCUGAAGGACGAACUCUCAAAACUACCUCCCUAUCACUACUACCUCCUCUUCGCCAUCACCUGCCAUCUCAACCUUCUCCACUCCUACGUCGAUCAGAACAAAAUGGACUACCGCAAUCUGUGCAUCUGCUUCCAGCCCUGCAUGAAAAUCGACGCCUUCUGCUUCCAGUUCCUGGUCUGUGACUGGAAGAACUGCUGGCAGGGAUGUUGGACAGAGAAGGAGUACCUCGAGAUCGAAAAGAAGAUGGACGAGCGUGACCAGAAAUUGUCGGAGGAACAGAGACAGGAACAGGAACAGCACCAGGAAGCUACCAAGGAGAACCAGCAAUCUUCUGCCAGUCAUGAGCGCGCUAUCUCGUCUUCCAGCAGCAGCGCCGAUGAAGAAACUCCCCGCCCGGCGCCCUCGCGCAUCCGAAAAGCUCCACCGAAGAAUAUCGAGACGGCGCAUGCUCGCAGUGUCUCCCAGCUCCCUGAAUUGGGUCCUCCCCUAUCCCCUAUCAAAAUCUGA